AUGGCUAGCGCUACCGAUCGCGAAAGCAAAACCUUCCUUGCGAGGCUCUGCGAGCAGGCCGAACGCUACGAUGAGAUGGUCAAUUACAUGAAGGAUGUUGCCAACAUGGGCGGAGAGCUGUCUGUUGACGAAAGAAACCUCCUCUCUGUUGCAUACAAGAACGUCGUUGGUACCCGCCGUGCUUCCUGGCGCAUCAUUUCCUCGAUCGAACAGAAGGAAGAAUCAAAGGGGUCGGAGAAACACGUGGCUAUCAUCCGCGAAUACCGCCAGAAGAUUGAGACCGAACUUGAGAAAGUCUGUCAAGAUGUCCUCGACGUGCUGGACCAAGCCCUUAUCCCCAAGGCCGAGUCUGGAGAGUCCAAGGUCUUCUACCACAAGAUGAAGGGAGACUACCACCGUUACCUCGCCGAAUUCGCCUCGGGAGAGAAGCGCAAGGUCGCCGCCACUGCUGCCCAUGAGGCUUACAAGACUGCCACCGAUGUUGCUCAGACUGAAUUGACCCCAACGCAUCCCAUUCGUCUCGGUCUCGCUCUCAACUUCAGCGUCUUCUACUACGAGAUUCUCAACUCUCCUGACCGUGCAUGCCACCUUGCCAAGCAAGCCUUCGACGACGCGAUCGCCGAGCUUGACUCUCUGUCCGAGGAGUCGUACCGCGACAGCACUUUGAUCAUGCAGUUGCUCCGAGACAACUUGACUCUGUGGACAUCGUCUGAUGGUGGUGAAGGUGAAGCUGGUCCGGCUGGUGAAGCUUCCAAAGAAGAGAAGCCUGCCGAGUCUGCUGCUGCUCCCGCCGAAACAGCCGACAAGACAGAGGCUGCUCCUGCUUCCUAG